GUGACGUCAGGAGCCAUGGCGGCGGCGGAGCUGGGGUCGUGGCGGAGCGCGCCCUCCCGGAGAAGGGGCGCCGGGCGGCGGCGGGCGCGGCUGGAGGCGGCGGCUGCGACCCGGGAGCCCGAGGCGGAUCUGGAGGGCGACGUCGAGUCCGUCCUCCGUCGCAUCCGGGAAGCCGAGAAGGACCUGCUUCUCUCUGAUUUCUGGAGCUCUGCACAGAAAACCCUCCAGGAAUGUCUCGGGAAGCGUCGGGAGCAAGCGGAAGCCGCCACGGGGAAUCUUCCGGAAGCGCCCGGAGAACUCUGCAGCCUGCAGUGCGUGAGCUACGGCAUCGGAAGCUUCGCCUCCUGCGCGGUGGCCAGGAGCCAGCUGGCCUUCCUGCUGCUCUUCCUGGAGAAGUUUCAGGUCCCCAGGCACCGCUGCUGGGUGUACGACCCUGUGUUCAGCCCGCGUGAGGUCGCGGUGCUCCAGGCCCUCGGCGUGAACGUUCUCAAUGAGAACGAGGAAGGCAAGCGGGGCGUGUGGCUGGAGCCCACCGUGUUCUACAUGCCGCACUGCGGGACGGCCCUGUACAACAACCUGCUGUGGAGGAACUGGUCGGCGGGCGCCCUGUCCAGCCUGGUCGUCGUCGGGAACAGCUUCCGGGGACUCGAGGAGAGGUUACUGACCAGGAUCCUGCGGAACCAUUAUCCCUAUGUCGCAAAGGUGCUGGACGCCACGGAGGAGCUGGCGCUGCCUCAGACCCCGCGGUACGAGGACGUAUUCAACGACACAUCCGUCCACUGGUUCCCGCUGGCGAAGCUGCGUGGACUCCCCACCGCCGUCUGGAUGUCCCGGGAGGAGCCGGACUACCGGGACUGCGAGGACCUGGAGAUCAUCAGGAACGAGGCCCGGGGACCCGAAGCGGCUCCCUCGACCCCGUGACGCGGUGCCGGCCGGGCUGCAGCUGCCCGCCUGGACUGAUCCCGGAGCCCCGCGCGUUUUGGGGACUCGACGGGAAGCCGCCUCCAGACGACUGGGACUUGCGCGGGGCGGCGAAGCAAACGUGGCCGGGCACCCGGGGCC